CACGGACCGGGAGGGUCGCAGGGAUAGGAUAACUUUGUGGGCGGGCUUGCCCUGCCUGAUACGUCCAGCUUGUAUGCCAUUCCAUUUUGUUGGUGUCAUCCCUUCGGCAAGGUAAAGGAUCUAGUAGAAAGGAUUGGCAAAUCAAUGGCGAGAUCCUCUGCUCUCAUACCGUGUGCCGUACGCCAACCGAGCCAUUACUCUUGGUGAUCACCGAAUCACCGAUUUCCUUUUAUGAUUUUGCCAAGGAAGGAAAUCAAUCCAUGGACCCCGAUUCUGCCCAUGGAGAAACACCAGCAGCAGCGGCAGCACCUACCAUAACGAGGCGCCCUACUACAUAUACCGCUCGAUCCCUCCUCACGCUUCCCACUCCUCUGCCGUCACAAGAAGCUCCCCGCCCCGGCCCCGCCGCCCAAUCCUCCUCUUCCUCCUUGUCAAGGAGGACGAUGACGAAUCACCGGGUGCUGAUCUCGGCGGCCAUCGUGGCCCUGCUCCUGGCCGCCUGCACCGCGGCUGCCGCGAUAACCAUCACCCGGAAGCAGCAGCAGCAGCAGCACAAGAAGCCGUCCGCGGCGUCGGCGGGGUGCGACGUGUUCGGCGCCGGGAGCUGGGUGGCGGACGAGUCCUACCCGCUGUACGACUCGGCGAGCUGCCCCUUCAUCCGGGCCGAGUUCGACUGCAAACGCUUCCGUCGCCCCGACACCGCCUACCUCAAGUUCCGGUGGCAGCCCAGCCCGCCCUGCUCCCAGCUGCCCAGGUUUGAUGGGGCGGCGCUGCUGAGGAUGUGGAGCGGGAAGAAGGUGAUGUUCGUGGGGGACUCGCUGGCGCUGAACCAGUACGAGUCUCUGCUGUGCUUGAUCCACGCCGCCGUGCCGGGCGCCACGACCACCGUGUCCCCGCGCUCCGGGAAGAUCGACCCCUCCACCACCGUAGCCUUCCAGGAGUACAAUGUGACCCUGGUGUAUUACCUGACGCACUACCUGGUCGACCUGGUGAACGAGAAGGCCGGACGGAUCCUCAAGCUCGACUCCAUCGACCAAGCCCGCAACUGGCUCGGCGCCGACGUGCUCGUCUUCGACUCCUGGCACUGGUGGCCGCGCACCGGCCCAACGCAGCCCUGGGACUACAUGGAGGAGGACGGCAAGCUGGUGAAGGACAUGGACCGCUCGCUGGCCUUCACCAAGGCGCUCAACACCUGGGCUCGAUGGGUCGACGCCAACCUCGUCCAGACCAGCACCAAAGUCUUCUUCCAGGGGAUCUCUCCCUCUCACUACAAGGGGCAAGAAUGGGGGGCGUCGGCGAAGAAGACGUGCAUGGGGGAGACGGAGCCGCUGAACAGCACGGCGCCGUACCCGGGCGGGCCGAUCCCGCAGCAGGCGAUCUUGAAGAGCGCCCUGGCCGGCAUGGCCAAGCCCGUGUACCUGCUGGACUUCACCUUCCUGUCGCAGCUGAGGAAGGACGCGCACCCGACCAAGUACGACGGCGGCAUCUUCGGCGGGGACUGCACCCACUGGUGCAUCGCGGGGCUCCCGGACACCUGGAACGUCCUCUUCUACGCCGCGCUCCUCGGCCAGUCAUGAUGAUUAGAUUCAUUCAGAUUAGAGGCUUAGUACAGGUAAAAAAAUAAUCGAAAUUUAAAGAUAGCAUAUCAUUGGUUUAUAGGGACGCGGAAAGAUUUCUUUUUUUUUGGCAACAAAGAAGUAGAGGAUUACCACAGUGAAAAAGAGAGAGAUUCUCUGAUAGGGAAGGAGGGCUUGACUGUCAAAAGACUUAAAUAAACAAAGUAUCCAUCGCUCAGUCUGUGAGUGAACAAAAUACAUGUAUUCUUGAACUCUGGCAAGUUCCCCUGGGGGAUUUUUGCUGAACUUCGAGGGAGGAACUCUUUUGGAAUUCCUGACGCUACAGUAUGUAGAGCGUUAUAAUUUGGAGUAAGCGUCUGAAAAAUUACAUGAUGGAAGAUUUAUCA